GCCGCGUGCUGACAUCGCACGCUCACACGUUGGCUCGCUUUUCUGCCACUUUGUUCCCUGCUAUUCGCGGUCUCUUUCCCUUCCGCGUGCGCUCUCGUUCUCCCGCUCUCUUCCUCGUUCGAGAUUAUAUUAGCAACGUGUUAUCGCCAAGUGUACAACAGACAGACGUCGCUCGCUGCUUGUUCCGACGAUUCCGUCUAAUAAUCGCGUGAUCGUGUCCUCCGUAGCCGACAACCGCAAUUCGCACGAUAACGAGUCCGUAAGUCGAAAUCGUCGCUCGAUGCAACGAUCACGUCACGAGUUUAUAUUCCAAACACUUGGCACUUGAGUUCGACGCGAUAUUUAGUCGCGUUAAAGUGCGUACCUCGUUAUCGGCUUAUCGUCAUACCGAUGUGACGAGCAACUCCGUCUCGCCGGGCAACACCGAUCGACCGUCAUUCAGCCAGACGACCGUCCAAGUCGUCGGUCGACUUGCGAGAAUAGCGCACGUUUCUGCAAACAGUCAUGAAGUCUCAAUUCGAGGACUACCUACCGUAUUUGGGCGGCGCGGCCGGUGCUCUCGUCGUCACCGGGGUUGCGGCUUAUUGGGCUUCCAGACCGACAGCUGAGAGACCGCUGUUUCCACUCGACGCUCAGGCACUUGUCUUGCCGGGCGACGAUCUCAUCCGGGUAUCGAGGUUCUAUAAGGACAGCAAGGAGGGCAAGUUCGUCAGCUUCCUCAACGAGGAUACGCGCACGCUUUACGACGGCUUCCGUCGCGGCGCCAAGGAAUCCAAUAAUGGUCCCUGUCUUGGGUGGCGAGAUGGGCCCAACAAACCCUACCAAUGGCUUCAUUACAACGAGACGCUGCUCAGGGCGAAGAAUUUCGGUUCCGGCCUAGUAUCCUUGGGGUUAGUCCCUGGCACGCAAACCCUCAUAGGCCUGUACAGUCAGAACUGUCCCGAGUGGAUUCUCACCGAGCAAGCAUGCUACACGUAUUCUCUCGUGGUGGUGCCAUUGUACGACACCUUGGGCCCGGACGCCUGCGCGUAUAUCAUCAACCAAGCCGAUAUCAACGUGGUGGUGUGCGAGGACGACCAAAAGUGCAAUUUACUCCUCGACAAAGCGCCGAGGUGUUUACGGAAGCUAGUGGUCGUGAAGGAGACGCGGCCGGCGACGAACCAGCGGGCGAAGAACCGCGGCGUCGAGCUGUACAAGUUCGAUGACAUCGAACGUUUGGGCGCGCAGAAGAAUCACCCGGAAAUGCCGCCGGAAGCGUCGGACCUCUGCACGAUAUGCUACACAUCCGGCACUACCGGCAACCCGAAAGGCGUGAUGCUGACGCACCAAAACGUCAUGGCUGCCAUGUGCGCGGUGCUGAUGCAGCUGGGUGAUCAUAGGGUCACGUCCAAGGAUACGAUGAUCAGCUUUCUGCCGUUGGCGCACAUGCUGGAGCGCAGCUGUGAGAACGCCGUGUACAUGGUCGGCGGUUCCGUCGGCUUCUACUGCGGCGACAUCAAGAGGCUCUCCGAGGACAUGAAAGCCCUCAGGCCCACCGUGAUGCCCGCUGUGCCUAGGUUGCUAAAUCGGAUAUACGACAAGGUGCAAGCUGAGCUACAGAGCUCGUUCCUAAAGAGGAUGAUCUUCAACAUGGGCAUUCGGGCCAAGGAGACGGAGGUCAAGAAGAGCAUAGUGAGGAACAAUAGCAUUUGGGAUAAGAUCGUGUUCAAGAAGAUCCAGGAAUCGAUGGGCGGCAGGCUGAGGCUGAUGCUAGUAGGCUCCGCGCCGUUAGCGGGCAACGUCCUCACCUUCACCAGAUGCGCCCUGGGCUGUCUGGUGGUCGAAGGUUACGGCCAGACGGAGUGCUGCGCACCAAUAACGCUCACUAUUCAGGGCGAUCAUAUGCCGGAACACGUGGGACCACCAGUAGCAUGUUGCUGCGUGAAGCUCGUCGAUGUCCCGGAGAUGGAAUACUACGCGACGAACAACCAGGGUGAGGUGUGCGUGAAGGGCACUAACGUCUUCACGGGGUAUUACAAGGAUGUCGAAAAGACCACCGAGGUUAUCGACGAGCAGGGAUGGCAUCAUACGGGAGAUAUCGGGAUGUGGCAGCCUAAUGGAACGUUGAAGAUAAUCGACCGGAAGAAGCAUAUCUUUAAGUUAUCGCAAGGGGAAUACAUCGUGCCGGAGAAAAUCGAGAAUAUUUAUAUACGCAGCCAAUAUGUGCAACAAGUAUUCGUCCACGGGGAAUCACUGAAAUCCUGUAUCAUAGCAAUAGUGGUACCAGACGUAGACGUUGUCAAGUGCUGGGCGCUGGAAAACAAUAUCCCCGGCACGCUUAGCGUCUUGUGCGUUAAUCCAGAAGUUAAAAGACUAAUUUUGGACGAUAUGUUAGCGUGGGGCAAGGAAGCUGGUCUCAAAUCCUUCGAGCAGGUGAAAGAUAUUUAUCUCCACCCAGAUCCGUUUUCCGUACAAAAUGGUCUUCUAACACCAACGCUGAAAACGAAACGGCCUCAACUGAAAGCGUAUUUCAAGCCGCAGAUAGAAGAUCUCUAUCAAAAUUUGGACUGACCAGACUGAGCGAUCGUUAUUGCUCGCCCGCACCAGCACUGAUCGAAGUGAUGAUUCAAGAAGGAAGGAAAGCGCCUUCUCGCCGCCUCUCUUUCUUUUUCUUUUCUCUUUUUCUCUCUCUCACAUACACACACGUACAUAUACACACGCAUACAUACAUACACUGAAACCACUGUUGUCAUCGAAUAUUCGUUAACCCUCGAUACUUUUAUUAUAUAUCAUUUUCACAGGUACAUUAGGAACGCAGACAAAAAAGCACCGUUUAGGCUAUUAAGGUAAAUGAUAACAUUACAAGUAAUAAAAGGAGUUAUUAUUA